GUCCUGCGCCGUGACGUCACCACGCACGUAAACUCGGAAGAGCAAUCGCGGAAUUCCCCUUCCCCGCGUCGCACGCAGCAAGCAGCGACAACAACGACAACAACCACGAGCAGCAGCAGGAGGAGUCUAAAGCAGAACUAAGAAGUCGUCGCAAGAGGAGCCGACGUUCCACCCGCCGCCAUGGGAGCCGCGAUUGGCAUCUGUUCCAUUGCGAGCUGGAUCCCGUGCCUGUGUGGCCGUGCGUCCUGCUUGCUGUGCAGCUGCUGCCCCAGCGGCCGCACGUCGACGGUGACGCGCCUCGUCUACGCCUUCUUCCUGCUGCUUGGUACCAUCAUGGCGGCCGUGAUGCUGGCACCGGGGCUCGAGAAUCAGCUCAAGAAGGUGCCAGCGCUGUGCCAUGGCGGCGCCGGCACGCAGGUGCCCGGCGUGCACGGCUACGUGAACUGUGACGCGCUCGUGGGAUACGAGGCCGUGUACCGCGUGUGCUUCUCGCUCUCCGUCUUCUUCCUGCUGCUGUCGAUCAUCACCAUCAACGUGAAGACGAGCCGCGACCCUCGCGCCUACCUGCACAACGGGUUUUGGCUGCUCAAAUUCCUCCUGCUCGUCGGCAUCUUGGUCGGGUCCUUCUUCAUCCCUAAAGGCGGCUUCACCACCGCGUGGUUUUACGUCGGCAUGGUCGGAGCGUUCUGCUUCAUCCUCAUGCAGCUCAUCCUCCUGGUGGACUUUGCCCACUCCUGGAACGAGUCCUGGAUCGAGAGGAUGGAGGAGGGAAACUCACGCUGUUGGUAUGCGGCGCUCAUGACGGUGACGGUGCUGGGCUACGCCGUGUCGCUCGUGGCCGUGGUGCUCUUCUUCCUGUUCUACGCCGGCCACGAGAGCUGCGUCGCCAACAAGGCCUUCGUCUCCGUCAACAUGCUGCUCUGCCUCGCCAUCUCCAUCACCUCCGUGCUGCCCAAGAUCCAGGAGGGGCAGCCCCGGUCGGGCCUGUUGCAGUCCUCCAUCAUCACCCUCUACACCAUGUACCUCACCUGGUCGGCGAUGAGCAGUGAGCCAGAGCGCACCUGCAACCCGAGCCUCAUGUCGCUGAUGACGACCAUCGCGGGGGGCGCGGGGGGCCACGUGAACGCCACGACCCCGGCCCCCACGACCUCCGCCGUGCCGCAGUCGCCGCAGUGGUGGGACGCGCAGAGCAUCGUCGGCCUGGUCGUCUACCUGCUGUGCGUCCUCUACUCCAGCAUCCGCACGUCGAGCCACAGCCAGGUGGGGCGGCUGACGCUGUCGGGAGACGAGUCGGUGCUGGUGAACGAGGGCGGCGCCGCGGACGAUGGCGUCGCCGUCAAGUCGGGGAGCGGGUCGGAGGGCGAGGAGGGCGACGAGGAGAGUGGCGCGGUGCGUCGAGCCCAAGACAACGAGGCCGGCGGUGUCACCUACAGCUACUGCUUCUUCCACUUCCUGAUGUGCCUCGCUUCGCUCUACAUCAUGAUGACGCUCACCAACUGGUACCGGCCGGACGUGGACGGCAAGACGAUGGUGACGUCCUGGCCGUCCGUCUGGGUCAAAAUCUCCAGCAGCUGGAUCUGCCUGGGUCUCUACACCUGGACCCUCAUCGCCCCGCUCAUUCUGUCCGACCGCGAGUUCGACUGAUGGGUCAUCGGGUCACCGGGUGCGCCACCAGGUCACUGGGUCACGGGCUGUACCCGGGGUCAGCACCGAUGCUUUUCACGCGCACACAAACGUACACGCACGUACAUACACGUACACGCACACACAUGCACGCGUACACACGCGCGCGCACAUGCAAGGCUAGGGUGGCCAGCUCCUUCGUCUCCCCAGUGGCGAUGUUUGUGCACAUCGCCACUGGGUACUCAUUUGAGGCUGGGUCGACCUCGGGGAGGCCCACGACCGGUUCAGAUAAUCGUCACCGGUGUUGGUGGCAGUGAGCGGGAAUCGAUCUUCUGUCGCCGGGUUCGUAGCGCAGCCUUGCACUAACCACUACACUACCACUCGACGCACGUGCACGCACACACACGCGCUCACAUAUUCACAUGCUCACUCGCGCACACACGUCUCCCUGCACCAAGGGGCUUUUUUUGUUUGUGGCUGGGUGUGUAGCGUUUCGGCAGGUUUCAGAGAGGGACGUUGGAUAUUCCACAUUCCUAUGGCAGGAAAGAUUUUGUCCAAAAGCUUAAGCCGCUUGUGUAUACUACCAGCAUCGUCGUGAAAGGAAGGAGCCAUGGUCAAUCCACUGCUGGCUGAAGGCUUCCCCGGUUGACCGCCGCCAACCUGCGGUUCUCGUACCCGCACACAAACACGGCGACACACACACACACGUUAACGUACGUUCGUGCGGCCCUCGUCAUAGGAAUGUGGAAUUUUCACCACUGGCUCUGCGCCACUGGAUAGAGAUUAGCGCAUUUUGUUUGUGCGUGGAAACGCAGUGAAUAUUUUUCUACGUGGUGAGUGCGCACGCACGCCGCACCGCACCUCCGACUAGCACGGUUGGCUACGUACGGUGCGAAAGAAGUUCAACAUACGUAAACACACACACGGGCACACACGCAGUAUAUACCAGGGGUGGCGAAACCAUGCCCCCCUGAUCACUUCAUAUACCACUGCUUCGAGACACAGCUUAUUAUUAACUUUGAAAUAUAACUUUAGUUGACACGUGGGGGGGAGGGGGAGGGGGGGAAAUCUGAGGAAGCAACCGCGGAUUUCUAAACUUUUUCAAUAGACAGGACCGUAACUUUGAUUCGAUACGAGGGGAGAAAAUCUGCGGAAGCGUCUAGAGCGCCGUCCCAGUGGCACUCGCGCUCGGGCGGCAGAAGCCAAGCAAUGGUUGGUCGCACUUGGGGCACGCUUCCGCAGAUCUCUACAGCCAACCGGCUUCAACAAAACCGGGGGUGGACUAUGACAACCCCAGUGUGGCUCUUGGCCCUAGGAGGUUCGGAGGCUCGGGAGGUUUGACCACCCGGUAGUGGUGGUGGUGGUGGCCGGCACUGGGCAUCGGCAACUCCCCAAGUAAGAGCUAAGGUGGUGGUGGUCACCGAGUGGUGGUUGAAGGGGGGGGGGGGGGUUCCAUUGCAUAUUAAAUAACAGGUGGUGUGUAAAAUGAGCUCAAAUAAAAAAUGC